GUGGUCUAAAGGUGUCAGUUGGUCCAUCAAGUUAAUUCUUGCAUUUCUAAUUCAAUCGACUUGGAAAAAUGAUGAUUAAUGCUUUGCGAAAAUGAUAUUAUCAUAGGUUGAUUCCCAAUCUAAACAGACUAUAUAUGUGUCAAUACCAAGAGCUCUAUCGUUAAACCAUCAUGGAUGGGAACUGACUUUUUAUGGGUGAUGCACAUUUUCAUCACUUGAUUCGUAUAUUAGAUUUGUAUAAAAGUGUAAAUUUGAAAUUUAGAUUUGGCACCCCCGACCAAAUUGAAGGUUAAUCCAUAGUACCAUACAACUAUGUUGUUAAGAAAAAUUAUUAAACAGUUUCAGGAAAUACAGUUGCUCCAUAGAUAUAAUAAGUUGGAAAUGAAAUAGGAACAUUUUCUGAAAACUACUCUACGGAAAGUAUCUUUAAGAAUUUCUCGUUAUUAGAAAAAGUAUAAACGAUAAGGAAAAAAUUUCUCAAAUAAAAAUCAUGAGAUAUUCUUCUUUCAUAUAUCAACUUAUAAAUGGUGGUUUUAAAAGUAAUAAAAUGGUAUCAAGUUAAUACUAUUUUUUCAAAAAACUUAAUAAUAUUGUACUGCUUGUUUUUUUCUGGUUUGAUAAAUUGAGGUGUUCAUUAUAGAAAAUUCCCUAGCAAUAAAAAAAGAAAAAAAAAAUUCCCUAGCAAUUUAAAAAGUGGCAAAGGUGGGUCGAUCGAGGCACAACAAAGGCCCGGGCAAUACCGACUGCCACAACUCUCUGCAUCCUCUAAAUAUAUUUAUCACAAAAGAAGACAAAACAAUAUAAAAACAAACAAAUAAAAUAAAAAUUGAGAAAAAUACAAGAUAAAAUUAUUUAUUCUUUUCUAUUUAUUUUCUAGAUGGAGAUAUGUUUCUAAAUAUCCGUUAUAAGUACAGAAUCCUAACACUUCUCUCCUUCUUAAGUCCCUCUUUCUUUGCUGACUAAAAUCCUCCAAACUCCAAUAAAAUCUCCAAAGUCCCAAGUUUGUUUCCUUAUCAAUCACUUCAUAAAUUUUCAAGAAACCCACAAGAAAAAAAUAAAUAAAUACAUAUAUUAGUAUCAGUUUUCUUCCUUGGUGAGAGAGAAGAUCACACAAAGCAACCUGAGAUCUUUUACCAAUCAUCAAUGGCAUCAUCCGGCCUCACUCGAUCAGGAAGCGCCCCGCAAUUCGAGAAGUGGAAGCUGUCAAAGAAAGACGGAUUCAGCGGUGGCACGUUGAAGAUCACGCGCUCCUCGUCGGUGUCUUCUUGCGGCGGCAACAAGGCACAGAAACAUGGGAGGUGCGCUUUCACGAGGAAGUGCGCGAGAUUGGUCAAAGAACAGAGAGCUCGCUUCUACAUCAUGCGUCGCUGCGUGAUCAUGCUUAUUUGCUGGAGAGAUAAUUACUCUGACUCUUAAAAAAACCAAACACACAAAUGUCUAUGUGCUCUGUUCUGAAACUGAAGUAGAUAAGAUAUACAUGUACAUAUAAGGGUUCUACUUUAUUUUGGUUUCUGCUUAUUUAGAUCGAAUUAGGUUUUGUAAUUUGUAUGUCCUGAGCCUUUGAUUCUGGUAAGAGGGUUCUCUGCCUUAAGAUCAUUUUCGGUGUGCUGAAGUUUAACAAGAAAAUAAUUUUAAAAAGACAUAAAAUUGUAUAAUAAUUCAAUAUAAAUAGUGAAGUAGAUUCGUGUUUCGACUU